UGUAGUGAAGAAGGGGUUGGACUUAAGUUUUCUGUCUCUUGGGUCAGCGAAGCUAGCUCUGGUCUGUGUUCUUGGUCGACGGGAAAGGCUUGGGUGGGCUUGUCAAUCGCUUUCACUUUGUUUUUUGUUGGCGAGCUUCGCAGCCAUAGCCUUCCUUUUUGUAAUUUUUUCUUUUUAGACAGAAUCUCUGAAGUUUCCCUGGGUGGCCUCAACCUCCUGUAGCUCAGGCAAGCCUUGAACUUGUGCUUCUCCUGCCCCCGCCUCCUGAGUAACUGGGAUUGCAGGCUUGCACCACCAGUUUCAUGGUGAUGACAUGGCAUCUGCCAGUUCCAGCCGGGCAGGAGUGGCCCUGCCGUUUGAGAAGUCCCAGCUCACCCUGAAAGUGGUGUCAGCAAAGCCCAAGGUGCACAACCGCCAGCCGAGAAUCAACUCCUAUGUAGAGGUGGCAGUAGAUGGCCUCCCCAGCGAAACCAAGAAGACUGGGAAGCGCAUCGGGAGCUCUGAGCUUCUCUGGAAUGAAAUCAUCGUUCUGAAUGUCACAGCCCAGAGUCAUUUAGAUCUGAAGGUCUGGAGCUGUCAUACCUUGAGGAAUGAGCUACUAGGCACUGCCUCUGUCAACCUCUCCAAUGUCCUGAAGAACAAUGGCGGCAAAAUGGAGAACACGCAACUGACCCUGAACCUGCAGACGGAGAACAAAGGCAGCGUUGUCUCAGGAGGAGAGCUGACAAUUUCCCUGGAUGGGCCGACUGUUGAUCUGGGAAGCGUGCCUAAUGGCAGUGCAGUGACAGACGGAGCACAACCACCUUCGAGAGAAUCCAGCGGGACUGCUAUAGCUCCAGACACCCGGCACCAGCCACCCAGUACAAACUGCUUUGGUGGCAGGUCCCGAACGCACAGACAUUCAGGUGGCUCAGCCAGAACAGCAACAAGUGACCAAAGCCCUGGUGCUAGAAACCGGCACCGCCAACCCGUGAAGAACCCCAGCAACAGUGGCUUAGCCAAUGGCACAGUGAACGAGGAACCUACUACAGCCAGUGAUCCCGAAGAACCUUCUGUUGUUGGUGUGACAGCCCCACCAGCUGCAGCUUUGAGCGUGUCCCCAAACCCCAGCACAACAUCUCUCCCUGGUCCAUCCACACCAGCGGAGGGAGAAGAGCCCAGCACUUCGGGGACACAGCAGCUCCCUGCCACCGCCCAGGCUUCUGAUGCUCUCCCUGCUGGAUGGGAACAAAGAGAGCUGCCCAAUGGACGUGUCUAUUAUGUUGACCACAAUACCAAGACCACCACCUGGGAGCGGCCUCUUCCUCCAGGGUGGGAAAAACGCACAGACCCCCGAGGCAGGUUUUACUAUGUGGAUCACAACACCCGGACAACCACCUGGCAGCGUCCAACCGCUGAGUACGUGCGCAACUACGAGCAGUGGCAGUCCCAGCGGAACCAGCUCCAGGGGGCCAUGCAGCACUUCAGCCAAAGAUUCCUCUACCAGUCUUCGAGUGCUUCGUCUGACCAUGAUCCCUUGGGCCCCCUCCCGCCUGGUUGGGAGAAGAGGCAGGACAAUGGACGGGUGUAUUACGUGAACCACAACACCCGCACUACCCAGUGGGAGGACCCGCGGACCCAGGGGAUGAUUCAGGAGCCAGCCCUGCCCCCAGGGUGGGAGAUGAAAUACACUAGCGAGGGUGUGCGGUACUUUGUGGACCACAAUACCCGCACCACCACCUUUAAGGAUCCUCGCCCAGGGUUCGAGUCAGGGACAAAGCAAGGCUCACCUGGUGCCUAUGACCGAAGUUUUCGGUGGAAGUAUCACCAGUUCCGGUUCCUCUGUCACUCAAAUGCCCUACCCAGCCAUGUGAAGAUCAGCGUUUCCAGGCAGACACUCUUUGAGGACUCUUUCCAGCAGAUUAUGAACAUGAAACCUUAUGACCUGCGCCGCCGGCUCUACAUCAUCAUGCGUGGUGAGGAGGGCCUGGACUACGGCGGCAUUGCCAGAGAGUGGUUUUUCCUCCUGUCCCAUGAGGUGCUCAACCCUAUGUACUGUCUAUUUGAAUACGCUGGGAAGAACAAUUACUGCCUGCAGAUCAACCCAGCCUCUUCCAUCAACCCUGACCACCUCACCUACUUCCGCUUUAUCGGCAGAUUCAUCGCCAUGGCUCUGUACCAUGGAAAGUUCAUCGACACAGGCUUUACCCUUCCUUUCUACAAGCGGAUGCUCAACAAGAGGCCGACGCUGAAGGACCUAGAGUCCAUUGACCCCGAGUUUUAUAACUCCAUUGUCUGGAUCAAAGAGAACAACCUAGAAGAGUGUGGCCUGGAGCUGUUCUUCAUCCAGGACAUGGAGAUCCUGGGCAAGGUGACAACCCAUGAGCUGAAGGAAGGCGGCGAGAGCAUCCGAGUUACAGAGGAGAACAAGGAAGAGUACAUCAUGCUGCUGACUGACUGGCGAUUCACCCGAGGAGUGGAAGAACAGACCAAAGCCUUCCUGGAUGGCUUCAAUGAGGUGGCCCCUCUAGAGUGGUUGCGAUAUUUUGAUGAGAAAGAGCUGGAGCUGAUGCUGUGCGGCAUGCAGGAGAUAGACAUGAGCGACUGGCAGAAGAACGCCAUCUACCGGCACUACACCAAGAGCAGCAAGCAGAUCCAGUGGUUCUGGCAGGUGGUGAAGGAGAUGGACAACGAAAAGAGGAUCCGGCUAUUGCAGUUUGUCACUGGAACCUGCCGUCUGCCUGUUGGGGGAUUUGCUGAACUCAUUGGGAGCAAUGGACCCCAGAAGUUCUGCAUUGACAGAGUUGGCAAGGAAACCUGGCUACCCCGAAGCCAUACAUGCUUCAACCGCCUGGACCUCCCGCCCUACAAGAGCUAUGAGCAGCUGAAAGAGAAGCUGCUGUAUGCCAUCGAGGAGACCGAGGGUUUUGGGCAGGAGUAGCCAAGGCUGUCCCUCCCAUACCCUCCAGCACAAGUAGUCCUGAGUCCUUCCUGCCUGAGACGCCAUUGGCUGCACAGCCCUUGGAAGGCCCCUUUGGAUAGUGGCCCUGUAUGGAUCCAUGCUUGGAUCAUGUUGGUGACUGAAGAGUCUGACCCCAAGAGGCCCUGUGGCUCCUUUCUCCUACUUGAUGAUGGCAGUCUGGAAUAAAGCCCCCUGUCACCUUUGACUUCAUCACCUGUUGCAAAGUCAGAGGGCUGCCCUUCUGCAAUUUUGUCCCCUCCACUAGGACCAAUUCUGGGUGUGUGUGAGUACGUAAGGGAAUGUGCCCUGCCUCAAAGGGCUGCCCCAGAAGCUGGGCCUCACAUGGUAGGUGAAGAGAUAGGCUGUGUUGCUUGGCUGACUGGACCCAGAAAGCCAAGGGUCUUUGGCCGCAGAAGAGGCUCCGCUUCCGUUGACCUUUGCUGGAGUCUGUGUGGAGCAGGCCUGAGAGGAGCAGCUCUGCAUCAAAGUUGUCUUUGCUGUACUGCCCGGUGGGCUGCAGCCCAGGGGACCGAGCAGGAAGCACUCAGUACUACCAGUCCGUCUCUUCCUAGCAAGCAAAGGGUUGAAGAAGUCACCACUUGUGUGUCAGUGGGAAGAGACAGACUCCCUGGACUGUCUUGUGACAUAAACUUGAAGUAUAUUCAUGUAUAGGGUUGCCUUCUGUUUUGUUUGAGUAUGCCGCUAUCACCUUCUGUCAAAGAGCUGGUGCCCCAGGUGUUCUGGGUCGUUGAGGGGCUCAACCCUCUUGAUCCAGUAGCUUCCCCAACAGCUGCUCCCCUCAGGAACCUGCUUAGCAGUUCCCCAGCUCAAGAGGCCUGGCCCUGCAGCCCAGUGCAUCCCUGCCACCCUCAAAUCCUCCAUUGACAAGAUCCCUUUGCUAGACCAGGCAAGGCCGGUUAGGACCAGGUUGGCAGUACUGUCUCUCAGUGGCUUCUGGAGCUCGCAGUGGCUUAGGAUGGGGCACAUCUCGGUCAGCCGAGUGUUUGUGCUGUUCAGGCAUGAGGAAAAGACACCGGUUGGAUUUAUGGCGCUUUUGACAGCCUCCCAUGUAGGUCCACAGGCCUCUCUGGGGUUUCAGAGCAGUUAUAGUGGCGCACUCCCUCAUGCAGCCUCCCUGCACAUACUAGCUCUGGGGUACCCCAGGCAUGCUCUUAAACCAGUCACAGGAGCCUUCCGAAGACAGGCCCUUUCUGCCUUCAUCCUUCCUCCAGUACAGCCUGUGACCCCCCCCCCCCCCACACACACACACACACUGCACAUGCUGAUUUGAGUGGCUCCGCUUACUGCUGCUCACCUUUCUCUCCCAUGCAGUCUCUUGCCAUACUCCCCAUGCGCAUCACAGAAGCUGUUCAGUACUGGGUGGGGAACCAGCUGCCAGCAAGGUCAGUCAGGAAGCAUCAGGUUCACAGGUGUUCAUGCGUGUCUGUGUGUGUGUGUGUGCGUACGUGUGUGUGCGUACGUGUGUGUGUGUGUGUGUGUAUGUGUGUGUAUAACUGAAGUGUGUACUGAAAGGUCUGUGCUAGCUAGCACCAAGUUGGUUGAAAGAUUGUUUUGUAAUGCCUGCCCCUGCCUUGGUAUUGCCAGUUUCUUGUGCAAUAAACAAUCAGCAGCCGUGGGUGGUGUCAGUGUGGCUGU